UGAUUUGCACCGACCAGUUCCGAUGGAUGGCAAGAUGACCUUCUAUUUGCUUCUAUUUUGGUUCGGGUGCCUAAUUUUAGAGGUUUUCUCCAAAGGAGCAAGCUCGUUCUGCAGAUGCGAUUGCGAAACACGGGUCACUUUUAGCAAAUUCCGCGAGAGCUGCGUUAUGCUCCGGUCAAUCAAGUACGGUGGGCAUCUAACGGCGGACAUUGACAGAGUCUUCAAAUGGGACCACCUUCGCUGGGUUUAUGUGACCAGGCAACCGGUCUCUUUGAAUACGGCCAAAUGGCAACUUCGUACGCAACCUCACUACAACAAUUCGUACGCAAUCCGUAACUUGGCCUUGAAGGAGUGGCUGCUGGUGGGCGAUGACUCGAGCUGGUCCGCCGAAAAGCGACUGGUUCUUACCGAUCGGUCCAUUAACCGCAUCUGGAAGAACGGAUACUGGCAGUUUAUCCCGGACGAGCAUGGUAUCAAACCGGGAGUAUAUCGGGUCCGAAACACGUGGACCGGGGAGUUUUUGGCGGCUGAUUCGAAGUGGCACGAUACGAACAUAAUCGGAGGCCGAAGGGCAGUUACUUGGAAGCGGCACACCUACGAUUUUCGUGAUGAUAAAUUUUGGUGGACGAUUGACAAUUGCGGAGAGCAUGCCGAUUUUCCAGAUUACUAGCUGUUGUCAUGAGUUUUCGAACUAUUUGAAAAAUCAUCGACUCUAAUAAUCCAUAAUUUAAAUAGAAAUUUCAGCACAGUUUUGAACUUGAAGUACUUAAUGAUCCUUAGUUAAAUGGUUUACUAGCAAAAUAAGUAACCUAGUUGAUUGAGUCAAAAUUGUGCAUCAAGCGCGAAUCAACGAAUAAAAAUGAAGUACUGUGCCAAA